UGCCCGCUGAUUGGGCGCAUCCUAAGUGGGAGUCGUUGAUGACGACUGCUAUUGUGACCGGCCGUGGCGGGCAGCGCGUGCGCAGUGUGUGGACGGGCCGUCGUCACUCCCCAUCCCGCCCUCUCUGUCCUUAAAGCCGCCAUUAACCGUGUCAGUGAGGUGCGGCGCCGCGGUCAAAGCUGCGAUAGAUCGUUAUACCAAUUUACAUUAUAUAUAUAUAAAAAAACACACUCUUUAAUCAAGGUGUUUUUUUGUUGAUGAAUCUGGAAAAUUAGCUUGUUUUUCGUUUCCCCUGUCGGAUACUCGAAAGCCAAGCCCUCCGUCGUGAAGAGGCGGUUUUGUUGUGUGGGGCGGGAGAAAGGGAUUAAAGGGUUUUUUUCCUUUCUCCGAGAGCAAAAAUGGGCGACAAACUCGACAUGUCCCUGGACGACAUCAUCAAACUCAACCGGCAGAAAAGCCCAGGCGGCCGCGGGGGCCGAGGUGCCCGCGGCGGCGGCGGAGGAGGUGGUGGUGGUGGUGGAGGAGGAGGCGGUAUGGGCCGGGGAGCCGGCCGAGGCGGCCUAGCCGGUCGUGGAGCAGCGGGAGGCCGCGGUGGCGGUGGAGCUGGGGCGGGAGCCCUGGCUGUAGGCCUCAUGCGCAACAGACAGAGUGCAAUCCGAGGAAGAAACAGACCGGCUCCGUACAGCAGGCCGAAACAACUCCCAGACAAGUGGCAGCAUGACCUUUUUGACAGUGGUUUUGGCGCUAGCGGCGGUGUUGAAACUGGUGGAAAACUCUUGGUGUCCAACUUAGACUUUGGUGUGUCUGAUGCAGAUAUUCAGGAACUUUUUGCUGAAUUUGGGACAUUGAAGAAAGCAGCUGUGCAUUAUGAUAGAUCGGGUCGCAGCCUAGGGACGGCAGAUGUACACUUUGAGCGAAAAGCAGAUGCUCUGAAAGCUAUGAAACAGUAUAAUGGAGUACCUUUAGAUGGACGACCAAUGAACAUUCAACUGGUUACCUCACAAAUUGAUGCCCAAAGGAGACCACUUGUUAGUGGAAACAGAGGUUUAAAUCGAUCUCGCGGUGCUUUUGGGAGUGGAAACAGGCGAUCCAGAGGCAGCAACAGGGGUGGGAGAGGUCGUGGGGGAAGGAAUCCAAGGCAGCAGCUUUCAGCAGAAGAACUGGAUGCCCAAUUGGAUGCUUAUAAUGCCAGGAUGGAUACAAGUUAAGUGACCUUGAAAUUGACUCACCAGUGGCUGAAUUUUUUUUCCUUAUGGGAGGGAGACAAACAAUGUAGUCUAGUAACUCCGUGAAAUAGGUUUUUAAAUAUAUGUAACUUUUUAAGUCACAGUCCUGUUUUGUACUGAAUGUUUUCAUUUUGGGAUACGUUUUAUUGGUUGCAUGCCUUCAUGGGAGGAUGGACUUGCCCCGCCAGACCAUGAAAUAAAUGCGCAUUGUUAACUGAAUGUAUCUGGCUUUCUUGUCUCAUUAUGCAACUUGGAGGGCUAUCUAUGAAUUGAAGUUGCUGUAACAACAUAUUUUAAGAUGCAUCUUUGUAUUAUUUGAAUGUUAGACAGUGAUAUACAGGACAUGGCUAAAGAUUUGAUUAGUUGUCCUGUUAACACUAAAUAUGCUAAUGGGCAUUUACCUAUUGGAACUGGUUACUCAAUCUAAAUCUGGAACUAAUUUGUCAAGAAUACUAAUAUUCAAGUGUGAUGGGAACAUGGAUAUUUAAACUUUAGUUCAUUUCAUUGAUUGUUUGAAGAUCCUCAGUUUCUAGCUUGAAUGUUGCAGUCUGGCAAAUCAUAUGAAACUUGUUAGAUUCUGCAAGAACAAAAACUGUUUCAAGUUUAAUUGCAACGUACCCAGAGAGGGUACUCCUGGGGUUUUCAUUAAGUAUGUAGAUGUUUCUGUAUUAAUUUGUCAAUACUCACCUUUUUUAAAUGUCAAAAUCCUUUUUAUUGGGACAUAGAUUUGUUAAAUUAGCUGGUUGCUUUUUGGACUUAACUUUUUUUUCUUGGAAUGCAUGGGCUUUCCUAUUUCAAGCAUUUUCUACCUGAUCUACUUAGUGGUUUUUUUUAAUUGAUCUCUGACAAGUUGAUGCUAUAUUGGAAAAACUUACAGACUUAGUUUAAUUCCUAUCUGUAACCGAAUGCAUCAACAGUUUUCUAAAUGUGAAUUGCAAUCUGUCCACUUGCCCUCAUUUUGGGGAAAGACAGGAAAUCAGUAUUCAGAUGCAAAGUAUCAUUGAUAAACCUUUUUUAGCUGAUGGUUUAUCUUUUUUUUUCAAGCUUUUGAAGGCAAGUUGUAUCAUUGAACAACUUUAUGAAGUGUUUGUACUCAAACUGCUUUUUGAUUUUUAUCUGCACAAUAUAUUAUGGCUUUGUAUUUCCAUCACUUAUUGCUGUGUUAGUGUUAUAUUGUAGUUCUGAAAGAUAUGUACGCUUCAAAUGGUCUGCAGUCACUCAUCCUGUGAAAUGGCUGAAGCUGAAGACUUCCAGCAGUUGACUAACUUCAGUGUCACCCACUUGGCUAGAGAUCAGUUGCAUAUUGUAAAACAAUCAUUAAGUUUAGAACUUCUGCUAAACCGUGAUCAAUUUUGCCAAAAAAAUUUAGGGGCAGUUUGUGACCCAAUAUCCUCCAAGCUCUUGACUACUGGUAGGGAAAUGAGUUUUACACUGUCACUUUUCAUUUUGGGAAUCAUUUUGUCUUGGGAAAGCAGUGCAGGAUUUCUGAAACACCGUAUUCAACGGAUGUAUUUCCAACAUUUUUCUAUUUGGAAACAUUGGACACAAAACGUAUGACAGAUUCACAGAUUACACUGGUAAAUGUGCUAAUUCUGCUACCUGCUAAUGCCAGCUGAAAUAAAUUUCACGUUUUUUAAAGAA